AUGCCAUUAUUCUAUGGUGUCUUGUCUUCAUGUUAUUUCAGAGGCGAUCCCCUUAACGUGACGUGCAGCUUACAUGUGUCAAGUUUUGACUCAGUAGAAGCUGCCAGAAUGGAGUAUUCAGUCACUCUUUAUUUAAAGAUGAAAUGGCGAGAUCCCCGACUCUACCAUAACGGCUCAGACACAAUAAUAGUUCGGACACCGGAGUUUGUGAACAGGAUUUGGCGUCCGGAUGUGUAUUUUGAGAAUGGCAAAUCAGGAAACUUUCACGGCGUCACGAGCGACAACAGAGCCAUGAGUAUACUCUACACUGGAGAGAUACAAUACAACGUAAGAUUAAGUCUCACGCUAUCCUGUCAUAUGCAGCUGAGUGGCUUCCCCAUGGACCAGCAUACAUGCCCGAUGAUAUUGUUAAGCUACGCCUAUGACGCACGCGAUAUCGUGUUACACUGGAGAAAGAAGCUUCCCGUUCAGUUGUUUCAACACAAUGAGUUAUCUCAGUUCACCUUAGUGGACUACCGUACUUUCGAUGAAAUUAUGACAAAGGAAGACAACGUUCAGUGGUCUGUUCUUGAAGCCAGAUUCUACCUCCGUCGACAGAUGGGAUACUAUGUACUCACAACCUACCUACCUAGCACACUGCUCGUUAUUCUAUCAUGGAUUUCAUUUUGGUUACAUUUGGAUUCCACAGCGGCACGUGUAGCACUAGGAAUCACAACUAUACUAACAGAAGCUACGCAAAUAUCAACAGCCAGGCAAGGUUUGCCGGAAGUGUCAUACGCCACGGCAAUUGAUGUGUGGCUGGCAACCUGUAUGUUCUUUGUCUUUGUUGCAAUGUUGGAGUUUGCCACUGUACAUUAUAUACACGUCAACGGAAAACGCAUUGUUGUACGAAAGAGACACGAGCAAAUGGAAUCUAGCACAGGUACUGAAAAUGCAACAAAAAGACAAAAGGCAGAGUUCAAAUUACAUGUUGAUUUCGAGAAUCCCAAGAAUAACGACGACACCCGAGACGUCAAAAAAACGAUGUUCAAAAUCGGUUCUAGGAUAACAGCAAAGAAAAUCGAUCAGAUAUCACGUGUGCUAUUUCCGAUACUAUUCACGCUGUUCAAUAUUAUAUAUUGGUCUAUUUAUUUAGAGCGUAAACCACCAGCGAUGUUGUCUCCAGUCACAGAAUAUUAG